CCUCAGCAUGAGAAGUGACAACCAGAGCUUCUUGGGGGAUCCCCCUAAGGACUUCAUCCUUCUAGGUGUUUCUGACAGGCCAUGGCUGGAACUCCCUCUUUUCGUGGUCCUCCUGGUGUCCUAUGUGCUGGCCAUGUUGGGGAACAUCGCCAUCAUUCUCGUGUCCCGGCUGGAUCCCCAGCUCCACAGCCCCAUGUACAUCUUCCUCAGCCACCUCUCCUUCCUGGACCUCUGCUACACCACCACCACGGUCCCUCAGAUGCUGGUCAACAUGGGCAGCUCCAAGAAGACCAUCAGCUACGGUGGCUGCACAGUGCAGUAUGCCAUUUUCCACUGGUUGGGAUGCACUGAAUGCAUCAUCUUGGCCGCCAUGGCCCUGGACCGCUACGUGGCCAUCUGUGAGCCCCUCCGGUAUGCGGUCAUCAUGCACCGCACUCUUUGCCUGCAGCCCGUGUUGGUGGCCUGGCUCAGCGGCUUCUGCAACUCCCUCGUUCAGGUUGUCCUGACAGUGCAGUUGCCCUUCUGCGGGCGGCAGAGCCUGAACAACUUCUUCUGUGAGGUGCCAGCCAUGAUCAAGCUGUCGUGUGCUGACACAGCCGUGAAUGACGCCACGCUGGCCGUGCUGGUGGCCUUCUUUGUGCUGGUCCCCCUAGCUCUCAUCCUUCUCUCCUAUGGCUUCAUCGCCCAUGCAGUGCUCAAGAUGCGGUCCUCCAAGGGCCGGCGCAAAGCCUUUGGGACCUGUUCCUCCCACCUGUUGGUGGUCUGCUUCUUCUACCUCCCUGCCAUCUACAUGUACCUGCAGCCCCCUUCCGGCUACUCCCAAGAACAGGGCAAGUUUAUCUCGCUCUUCUAUUCCAUAAUCACUCCCACCCUCAAUCCCUUCAUCUACACCCUGAGGAAUAGGGAUGUGAAGGGAGCUCUGAGAAGACUCCUGUCAAGGAUCUGGAGGCCCUGCAGAAGAUGAAGCCCUGAGACGGGUCGAGCUCCACUGGUUACAGGACCCGGGCCCAGCGUACUGUGUGCUUACAGGGUCAACAACCGAACAGUGUGAGUUUUUUGAGAGAUUUGUGAGCUCCCAAGCCCCCUGUCCAGAACAUUUCACCUCCUGCGUGGCCACAGUCUCUGAAAUCCCACC